AAAAUCCUAAAACAAAUCAUAAUACAGACUCACAUUUCUUCCGUGGAGGAGGUGACCGUCGUCCCCAAUUCUGUGGCGUCAACUCCACCAAAUUUGAACCCACACACCAUUUAUACGUAUCCUUUGCGUUUCAUUUCACCAACCCACCUGCAGAUUUUCUUGAUUUCAGUUAGGUAUUCAAACCCUAACUUAGCCAAUCCUAUUGGAUUUGUUUGAGAGAGGAAUAGUACAAAUGGUAGGUGCUUCUCUAGCAGGAUUGCAAGAUCAUGUGAAGCUAGCUAGAGAGUACGCAGUGGAAGGACUCUACGACACUGCCGUUAUCUUCUUCGAUGGAGCCAUUGCUCAGAUCAACAAGCAUUUGAAUACAGUUGAUGACCCAUUGCUUCGUACGAAAUGGAUGAAUGUGAAAAAAGCCAUAUCAGAAGAAACAGAGGUAGUGAAGCAGUUAGAUGCUGAGAAAAGGUCGUUUAAGGACGUUCAUGUUGGUAGACGGCCUGGUUCUCCUCCUAUUUCGACCAAAUCAUCUUUUGUUUUCCAACCACUCGAUGAGUACCCUACGUCUUCUGGCACUCCUAUGGAUGACCCUGAUGUGUGGAGGCCUCCUAGUCGAGAUCAUACAGGUAGGAGACCUGCAAGAAGCGGUCAAGUGGGUACGAGGAAGUCACCACAAGAUCCUACUUGGGCUCGUGGGGGUGCAGCUAAAACAGCUCCACGUGGAGGUAGGACAGGUGCUUCUAGUAAGGUCAACACUGGAGUCCGAGCAUCAACUACUGUUAAGAAAGGCUCUGCCAAGUCUACCUCAGGCUCAGGGAAAUCAGAUUCCGUAAAUGGGGAUGCUGAAGAGGGAAAACCCAAAAAAGUACAGUAUGAAGGGCCUGAUGCUGACUUGGCAGCUAUGCUUGAAAGGGAUGUCUUGGAUUCCAGUCCUGGUGUUAGAUGGGAUGAUGUGGCUGGGCUAAGUGAAGCAAAAAGACUAUUAGAGGAAGCUGUGGUGCUUCCUCUGUGGAUGCCUGAAUAUUUCCAGGGAAUUCGCAGGCCGUGGAAAGGUGUCCUCAUGUUUGGCCCCCCAGGUACUGGAAAAACUCUUCUUGCUAAAGCGGUUGCAACUGAAUGCGGGACAACAUUUUUCAAUGUUUCUUCUGCGACCUUGGCUUCAAAAUGGCGUGGAGAAAGUGAAAGAAUGGUUCGGUGUUUAUUUGAUCUGGCACGAGCUCAUGCUCCAAGUACCAUAUUUAUAGAUGAGAUAGAUUCUCUGUGCAAUUCUCGUGGGGCUUCUGGAGAACACGAAUCAUCCAGGAGAGUGAAGUCUGAACUUCUAGUUCAGGUAGAUGGGGUCAAUGCUUCCUCAACCAAUGAGGACGGCACACGCAAGAUUGUGAUGGUUUUAGCAGCUACAAAUUUUCCUUGGGAUAUAGAUGAAGCAUUGAGGAGGCGGUUGGAGAAAAGAAUCUACAUCCCUUUACCAAAUUUUGAAAGUCGCAAGGAGCUGAUACGGAUAAAUGUGAAAACUGUAGAGGUGGCUCCAGAUGUAGAUAUUGACGAUGUUGCCCGCCGUACGGAGGGAUACAGUGGAGACGAUCUGACAAAUGUUUGUCGUGAUGCUUCAUUGAAUGGCAUGAGGCGCAAGAUAGCAGGAAAGACACGAGAUGAGAUCAAGAACAUGGCCAAGGAUGAGAUUUCAAACGAUCCGAUUGCAAUGUGUGACUUUCUAGAAGCCAUCACCAAGGUCCAGCCUAGUGUUUCAGCAGCUGAUAUUGAGAAACAUGAGAAGUGGUUUGCUGAUUUUGGAUCAGCUUAAACUGAGUCUCCUGUUAUAUUCGGUACAAUUCUUCCCUUCGACUCUUUCCCAAUAUCCUUCUUGUUGGUCUCGGUGCUUCGUCUGUUUGGUUUGCUACUAUCAUGCGACGAUACAAACAUUAGCCCCGAAGCCUUUUUAUUCCUCAUGUAUCUGCAUUUUAUGAGCUGUUUGUUUAUGGUGAGAAGCUUCUCAAGUUCUCUCGUGUUCUUCCUAUUUUUAACAUAUCUACUAAUGAUACAAAUCUUUAUUGAUCUUUGUAUCGAGAAAUCGAUCUGCAUUUCUUCUAA